AUGAGCAGGGCCAAAGAUAUUCAAGAGAGGCUCAAUUUGCAAGCCAAACUUCAAUCAACUUUCAGUAACAAUACAGCUACGGUCUUAGACUGGUUAAAAGAGUCAGAGGAAUGCGACAGAGGGAAAGUUCACACUGAUCCAGAACAUGGUAAACUGUUAGAGGACUACAAGGAGUUGGAGGAUAGCAAGAAGGCCUUUUUUCAACUCCCUGUUGUUCAAAUUGGAUCUGGUUUACAUUUUAAGACGGAAGACGACCUAUCUGCCAAAGAAGAUAUACAUACGAUUGGGGAGUUCAUUGAGAGUGACAAGAAGGUUAGUUCGUUGGCGAAGAAAAAGAAAAGAAACGAUCAGGGAUUACAACGAAACGACAUGUACAGGAUAACUAAAGACGAUACUAAAGCUAUGGUUGCAUUAAAAAGAAAAAUGAGGAAAGGUGAAAAAGAAGGAUUAAGAAAGAAACAAGAGGUGCCGGUAAAGAGUACUCCCAACUUCCACGGCUCUAGUGACGAAGAUGAUAUAGAUGUGGAAAGGGUGCCGCAGAAGUCUACGAAAAAAACAUUUGGUUUACUCUUUGAUAAGAAAAAGAAAAAUCGUAAACGAUUUUAA